GCAUCUUGUUUUGAGUGAGUGAUUACAGUAGCCUCUUCAAGACGCCUGGCUCUGAUAUUCCCCAGAUCUUUAGCUGAUGCAUGACUCUAUAACAGAAUCGCACAUUUACAGCCACCUAACCUGCAGAUCAUUUAUUUUGAUCAAAGCUUUUCUUCUAGAUUCAACAGUGCAGCUGGAGAGCUUUAAACAAAAGGAAGAUACAAAAAACCAGAGGAGGUGACGGGAGGUAAUGAAUGAGGGGUGACUAUCGCAGACAUUUCAUUCAACAGCUGUUUAUUGAGUUGGAAUCAAAAAAUGGUAGAAAAUCAGCUACUUUUGGGAAAGCAGCAAAGGGUCAUGGGAUGUGGCAUGGGAAAGCCCAGAAUCCAGCAGAAGAAAUGUAACAGAGUGAGCUUCUCAGUUCCAGCUGCCACAGCAAUAAGAGCAGCUCUGUUGAUCCAGCGCUGGUACAGACAGUAUGUUGCUCGUCUGGAGAUGAGACGCAGGUGCACAUGGAACAUCUUCCAGUCUAUAGAAUAUGCAGGGGAGCAAGAUCAAAUAAAGCUGUACAACUUUUUUGCCUUCCUAAUGGACCACUUCACUCCAGCCAGCAGUGAAAGAAACCUUAUAUCUCACAUCUUUCGUGAGAAUGAGAUCUGCCAUGAUGCAGACUGGGAACGAUAUUUUUGCUACAAAGGCAUCGAGGUGCCCGACAGCUACAGUGGCCCCCACCUAACCUUCCCCAUGACAUUUUGUGGGUUGUCAAAGCUAAUGGAGGCUUUUAAGCAUAAACAACAGCUCCAUGCUCGUUAUGUUCUUCAGAUUCUUGGAGAAACUUGGAGAUUUUUACAAAUCCUUCCAAACAUCAAUCAUGUCUCCGUCUGCCCAACCAAGGAGAUUACAAUAUGUGGAGAUCUCCACGGGCAGCUAGAAGACCUGCUGUUGAUAUUUUAUAAGAAUGGUUUACCAUCAUGUGAGAAACCCUACAUCUUCAAUGGAGACUUUGUGGAUCGGGGCAAGAAUUCCUUAGAGAUUCUGCUUAUCCUGUUCGGGUUCUUACUUGUUUACCCCAAUGAUGUGCAUUUGAACAGAGGGAACCACGAAGAUCACAUCGUUAAUCUGAGAUACGGUUUUACAAAAGAAGUCUUGGUAAAAUACAGAGUCCAUGGCAGGAAGAUUUUAAAGCUGCUCCAAAAGAUCUUCAGCUGGCUUCCUCUGGCUACAUUGAUCAACGAUAAGGUCCUUGUUGUACAUGGGGGGAUCUCUGACUCAACCGACCUUGAGGCGGUCACCAGAAUCGACAGACACAGAUAUGUGUCAGUCCUUCGACCUCCUAAGAUGAUCCGCCACAUGCUCAAUGGCAAUAAGGCAGUAAUCAGCAGGAACGAAGAUACAACCGGACCAGCAGAAGGCCGUCGCCGGGUACGCUCCCUAACCAACACCUCUAACUCAGCUCAGAGGAACAAAAUGCCACGUCGUUCUCUCCACAACCUGCCUACUACUGGAAACCAGCUCAACUGCUCUGUGGAAGACGAACUGAGGAAGAGACGCAGGCUGGCCGGGUUUGACCAGACUUACAACGAAAUAAAGACGUCAGAUUCUGACUCAGACCCAGAGUUUGGAGAAUCCACAGAGACACACGGUCAGGAGUGGAAACAAAUAGUGGAUCUUCUGUGGAGCGACCCACAGCCACAAAAUGGCUGCAUUCCCAACGAGGUGCGAGGUGGAGGCUGCUACUGGGGGCCGGAUGUAACUGAGGAGGUGUUGGGAAGACACAACCUUCAGCUCCUCAUCCGCUCCCACGAGUGCAAACAGGACGGCUAUGAGUUCUGCCACAAUCGCAGGGUGCUGACCAUAUUUUCAGCCUCCAAUUAUUACGAGGUGGGCAGCAACAGAGGAGCAUACAUAAGGAUGGGGCCCGAUCUGGUCCCUCACUGCAUUCAGUACCAAGCCAGCAGCACAUGCAGGGAGCUGACCUUGAGACAAAGUGUUGGUUGGACAGAGAGAUCAGCACUGCGAGCUCUAAGGCAGCAACUCUUUGUUCAUAAGUCGGAUCUUAUUGGAGCCUUUCAGGAGUUUGACCCAAACCACACAGGGCGGAUCUCUCUGCACCACUGGGCGACAGCUACAGAGAAGGUACUCAACCUGGGGCUACCUUGGAGGGUGCUGCGCCCUCAGCUUGUCAACAGGGCCCAGUAUGGUAUGCUUAACUACCAGCAGUGGAUUAGGGAGCUCUCCAUUACUGAACCCAAACCAGAGGUGUCAGAUACCAGUAUCAUGGAGACGAUGUACAAACAACACUCUAACCUCGAAACCAUCUUCCGGAUUAUCGACACAGAUCAUUCAGGUCUGAUCUCUUUUGAGGAGUUUCGUCAGACCUGGAAACUCCUGAGCUCACAUCUUAAAAUGGAGAUCAGUGAUAAGGCCAUCGCUGACCUGGCUCAGAGCAUGGACUUCAACAAAGACGGCAGCAUUGAUAUCAAUGAGUUCAUGGAGGCCUUUCGACUAGUCGACCUCUCCACACACGCCUGAUGGAUAGAAGUAGGAGCAGAAGUAGCAUUAGGUUAGUGUUGUGCUUUUUUUUUUUUUAAACACAUUCUCAGGAUCAGACUAAGCACUUUGUCAUCAUUGUUUAUUUCUUAAUGUGCUUGAUCACUAAAACUACUGUAAAUCUUGUUAGAUCUUCUGAACCUGAAUCUUCUAUAUUUUAUGGAUAACUUUUCUGAUUAUUUAAUCUAUUCCAGGUGUAUUUUAGGUGUUUUCUACCCAAUAUAGUUUAAUCAUAAUUUUCAACUAUUUUUUUACUUUGGAACUUUUUGAGUGGUGAAAGAAAAUAAAAACAUUUGGUGUAAAAUC